AUGGGGUCCCUUGCUGCUAAUUCUUCUAAAAUCCACGGCCAAAUUGCUAUAGUUAUGGUUCCUUUUCAUGCACAAGGACACCUCAAUCAAUUCCUCCAUCUCUCUCGUCUUAUUUCGUCGUAUAAUAUACCAGUUCAUUAUGUUGGUUAUAGUAGGGUAGUUAGUCGGGCUAAGGCUCGAGUCCACGGUUGGGACUUAGCCACCGCUACUAACUGUAUUCGUUUCGAGGAAUUCCCAACCCCAUCUUGUUUUACGUCCCCUAAUAGUAGUAGUUCAGAUAGUAGUUCUUCCGAAACAUAUAUCUCAAAACUCUUCGCACCAAUACUCGAUGCAUCCAUAACGUUGCGCGAGCCUGUGACUGCAUUUAUCAAGAAUCUUUCGAGCACAACUCGUAGAGUUGUGGUCAUUUAUGAUUCCAUGAUGGCUUACACUGUUCAAGACGCCGUGAUAUCUUUAGAAAAUGUGGAUGGCUACUGUUUUUAUGCUAUCUCUGCUUUUAGCAAUAGUACUCUAUAUUGGGAUGCUAUCAAAUACCGCUUCCAUCUCCCUUCAUUCAUCGCGAAAAUCGCUAAGAAAUUUUUACUCCCAUCUGGUGCUUAUUUUCCAGAAAGACUUCCAACUAUCAGAAGUACUUUCACACCUGAGUUCAUAGAAAUUAUGCGGUUACAACAUAGUUGUAACAAAUUCAGCUCCGGGAACUUAUAUGAUACUUGUAAAGUUCUCGAGGGUCCUUAUCUCGAAACGCUUGCAAGAUUCAACAUGUUAACAAAGCAAUGGGCUGUUGGUCCAUUCAAUCCAGUGACUGUAUCAGGGAUAACGGAAUUCAAAAGUAGCACUCGCCACGAAUGCUUAGAGUGGCUAGACAAACAAGCCCCAAAUUCAGUGAUACUUGUUUCUUUCGGAACAACAACCUCCUUAUCGACAGAACAAGUUAAACAGCUCGCGAUGGGGUUGGAGAAGAGUCGGCAGAAGUUCAUUUGGGUAGUGAGAGAUGCAAUAAAAGGAGAAGGGGAAGUUCAAAUCCCAAGAGGGUAUGAAGAGAGAGUAAAAGAGAGGGGAAUUAUCGUUAAAGAUUGGGCACCCCAAUUGGAAAUCUUGGCACAUAAAUCGACUGGUGGGUUUAUGAGUCAUUGUGGAUGGAAUUCGUGCAUGGAGAGCAUUACAAUGGGAGUGCCUAUAGCGACAUGGCCCAUGCAUUUUGAUCAGCCAAGAAAUGCCAUUUUGGUGACAGACGUGCUUAAAAUUGGGGUCGUUGUGAAGCAUUGGGAUCACCGUGAUGAUAUAAUCGAUUCAACUACUAUUAAAAACGCUGUUGAAAAAUUGAUGGCUUCUGCAGAAGGACGUGAAAUGAGAAUACGCGCCAAUGAAUUUGGGAAAAAGAUCAGAGAAUCAGUGAAGAAUGGUGGCGAUCAUCAAAUGGAGAUGGAUUCCUUUAUUGCUCAAGUUACUAGGGGUGCCUUGGAGUAAUUGGACAUAUUUUCUCGAAUAAUUUGGAUAUUCUGAA